UCAGGAAGCAAGCUGAUUGGCCGAGGCCUAGCAAAGAGUGCCCGGGGAUCCAAAACUGCAGGCCGCACUUAGCUUACCGUGUAAAAUAAACCAAAACAAUAACAGACAAAACCGAGAAGGACGAGAAACACCGAUAGAGUCAGAAGACGACGUUUUCAGAGCCUACUGAAUAACUACCCCUGAGCUCGUCCUACUGCAUACUGAACGGGUCAGCCGUUUGUCUCAGCUAUAGUCCAGCCAUCAGGCUCAACAACCUCCAGGUGCAUAACUAUAAGUCUGCAGGUCUCCUUGUAAUACUCCUGAAGAGCAAUGGAUGGAGCCAGUGGUCAACAACACACAAGACAUCCUCCUGUCAUAAAAGCAGGAUUCAUUUCCUUGAUGGAAGGAAGCGAGUUACAUAUACGGCAAGUUUUAUUCUAAGGGUCUUGUCAUCAAAUGUGAAGGCUUUUUCCGAGUAAAAACAUGGACCAAGGAGGAGGGGUGCUGGAGUUACACACGCAGGAGCUGAAGAUGCCCCAUACUAUGAUCAUGCAAGACUUUGUUGCAGGAAUGGGGGGUCUUGCUCAUAUUGAUGGUGAGCAUAUUGUGGUGUCCGUGCCCGAAGGUAUGCUUCUUUCGGAUGUGAUGACCGAUGAGGGAAUUCUCUUGGAACAUGGACUUGAGGUGGAAGGCCUGGAGACUCAGGUUGUUCAAGGCCUGGAGACAGAAGUGGUUGAAGGACUAGAAACUGAAGUGGUUGAGAGCUUACAUGCGGAUGUAGACGGCUUGGAGGCAGAAGUGGUUGAGGGACUACAGACACAUGUUGUAGAGCUGGAAGCUCAGGUUGUAGAGGGCUUAGAGGGUGAGGUUGAAGUGGAGGGCCUUGAGGCUCAAGUCGUAGAGGGCCUGGAAACUGAAGUAGAUGUGGAUGGGCUUGAAGCUCAUGUUGUGGAGGGCCUUGAGGAAGAAGUAGAAGUAGAAGGCUUGGAAGCUGAGGUGGUUGAAGGUCUGGAAGUGGAUGUAGAAAGUCUACAGUCUCAAGGAGUAGAGAGCCAUGAAAUCACCAGUGAAGACAUGGUUCCCUCUGAUCACAGUGUGAUAAUGCCUGAGAACAUUCUUGGGACAGAAGUUGCAAUAGAGGAAGCACUUGACCCCCAUCAUCACCAUCAUGUCCUGGCUUCAGACCUUAUCCAGGACUCAAACCACCACCAUGAUGACAUGCCAGACCAGGUGUUUGUGGCAGAGCUGCUUUCAGAGCAUCAAGACAACACUCUGGACCAUCAACUUGUGUCAGAGGGUCUGAUGGUGACAGAGGCCAACUCUGAGACUAUCAUCCAUGAACAGCUGCCAACCGAGGCUGUUCCCCUUCAGACAGAUGAGGACGAUGAUGCCAGGAGCAGCUCGGAAGAUUACCUCAUGAUUUCACUGGAUGAAGUGGGAGAGAAGCUUGACAUUGGAGACACUCCUCUUGAAAUCAGCACUGAAGUAAUGGAAGACAAGGAUUCCAAAGAGGAGGAUGGCUCGGAGGUCAUCAAAGUCUACAUUUUUAAAGCUGAAGCAGACGAUGAUUUAGGUGGAACGGAGGUAAUAACAGAGGAUGAUUAUCAGAAUGGUCAUCCUGAUCUGGAGGCUGCAUCCUCUGGCAGACUGGGAGUUGGCCGGGACAAAAUGGUCUACAUGGCAGUGAAGAACCAUCCAAAAGAAGAGGAGGAGGAGGAGGAUGAUAGUGAUGAUGAUGACGAUGAUGACAUCAGUAAUAGCAUCGAUCAGGUCAAAAAUGGGGCGGCCACACCUUUUCUGCAAAUCCGCGAGGGACUGAAUACCAACCGAGCCCUCAAACCUAAAGCCAAGAAAAAGAAGAAGGGGGACACUCGGCAGUGUCAAACAGCUGUUAUCAUUGGACCAGAUGGCAUGCCAUUAACUGUCUACCCAUGCCACAUAUGUGGAAAGAAGUUUCGCUCAAGGGGGUUCCUCAAAUGCCACAUGAAAAACCACCCAGACCAUCUACUAAAGAAGAAGUACCAAUGCACCGACUGCGACUUCACCACCAACAAGAAGGUCAGUUUCCACAACCACUUGGAAAGUCACAAGCUGCUCAGCCACAAUAGUGAGCGGUCUCCUGAAUACACAGAGUACACACGACGCUACCAUGAAUCAAGUCCUCUGGGCUCUGACAAGCUCAUUGUCAAGGACCGGGAGCCCAAACUUCAUCACUGCAAGUACUGUGAUUAUGAGACAGCUGAACAGGGCCUGCUCAACCGUCACCUGCUUGCUGUGCACAGUAAAAACUUUGCACAUGUUUGCGUCGAGUGCGCCAAGGGCUUCCGCCACCCAUCAGAGCUGAAGAAACACAUGCGGACCCACACAGGUGAGAAGCCCUACCACUGCCCGCACUGCGAGUUCCGCUGUGCAGAUCAGUCCAACCUAAAGACUCACAUCAAGAGCAAGCAUGGUGCAGAUCUGCCUUUCAAGUGCAGCCACUGUCCCCAGGCCUAUGCUGAUGCACGGGAACUGCAGCGUCAUAUAGAGAUGGUGCAAGGCCACAAGACCCACCAGUGCCCACAUUGUGAGCACAAGAGCACUAACUCCAGUGACCUGAAACGACACAUUAUUUCUGUUCACACCAAGGACUUUCCCCAUCAGUGUGAUGUCUGUGAGAAAGGCUUUCACAGGCCCUCUGAGUUGAAGAAACAUGCAGAGACACACAAGGGAAACAAGGUGCACCAGUGCCGACAUUGUAACUUCAAUGCUCCUGACACCUUCACCCUGAGUCGCCAUAUUCUGUCCUUACAUACAAAGGACCUCCCCUUUAAAUGCAAACGCUGCCGGCGAGGUUUUCGGCAGCCGGCUGAGCUGAAGAAGCAUAUGAAAACACACAGUGGUAGAAAGGUUUAUCAGUGCCAGUAUUGUGAAUAUAACAGUACGGACGCUUCUGGCUUCAAACGCCAUGUCAUCUCCAUUCACACCAAGGACUACCCUCACCGUUGCGACUACUGCACCAAGGGCUUUCGGAGGCCUUCAGAGAAGAGCCAACACAUAGCCAGGCAUCACAAAGAGAUGUUGAUGUAAUGUCAUGGCACACAAACACACUCCUCUUUCCCGAGUAAAUCUGUGUCACACACCCAGAGGUAAUUUUAGUGUAUUAACAAAGAAAUGACGGAUGUAGGCUGUUGAUGAAGACGACAACAACGUAAUUGCCGUUCUGUGUUCUGUGUUGUAAUGGGUGUAAACCUCCUCCCCUAGGGUAAUGCAAGAACACAUUUUAGAUGGGGGAUGAAGCCUAAAAAAGACUUGUGUACACUGAGUGGGACAGCUGUAAAUUGUGUUUUGUUUUGUUGCAGAAAAUCACAUAUGAACAUAUAUUCAGGGUUUCAAAUGUCUAUAUUUUUAUACCCACUCAGCUGAAAUGCUGCAAGAUGAUGACUGUGUCCUGUAAAACAGAAAGCGGUGCUUUGUGAGCGUCUUGCCAGUUCUACAGAUGAUGUGGAAUGAGAACAGGAGAAGCUAACCUCCAUUGUACCAACUAGUAUCUCUUUUCCUUAUUAACCAGCUUUUACCCUGACAUUUCUUUUCAUUGCCUUCUGGUCUUUAAGGAGCAGGGCCAUUUUUGAAUUCAUAAAUGGUGUUCUGAGUGAUGUUGACACAUUACGCACCUUAAAAGGAUCUUUCAUUAAAACUAGCAUUUGUACUUCAGUAUGUUUGGAUUUUCCUCCCAAGCCUCAAAACUUGGGAGGUAUUAAAUUAAUCAUGUGUAAUAUAAACAAUAUCCUGAGUCAGAAUCAUCCUGGUCUGAUCAGCAGUGUCCAGCAAGGAGAAGGGUACAGUCCAUAUGAGUAAAAUAUCCCUUUAUUGUACACAACACUUUUCUGAGAUGGAAAUCCACUGUUAUAUCUAAUAUAAUGGGAUCGAUAAUGUUCCAGUAUAUUAUACGAGUUUGACAAAUGGUCAGCUUCACCAUUGAUACCUGACUGCCACAGUAAGUAUGUGUAACGUUAGUGACACAUGUGCUCUCUCGGCUAACCGUUUUAUUGCAAUCAUGCCUUACAUCUGUUGGUCUUUAUCCCUUAAGCACUGAUGAACACAGCUAAUCAGAAAAUAAGUGAUUUUAACCCUCAAACAUGCUGUAUCAAUACCAUUCUCACAGAGAUUGUGUGUUUGAGUCAGUAGAAAGCACUUUAAUAACAUUUUUCCUCUUUUGAUUACAUGUUGGGGUAUAUAUCUGUUUAUAUUUACCCUAAUAAACAAUUACAGAGCUUUGUGAGUGGGUAAAGAUUGUAUUUGAGUGUUAUCUUUAGCAAGUGGGCACACAAUCCAUUACGAUCCUACUUGUUCUUAACUAAUUGUCAUUGACAUGGUGGGUGAAACCAUUUAUUGUUUUGUUAUAUGGAUAAGUGAUUGGGUUUUGUGUUUCGUUUGUGCUCACUAACAAGUUUCCCAGAUCCUAAUCCUACAGUCUUGAAUAACCCAACCCAAUCCCAAACAUGGGAUUAUUCCCUUGAAGUCAGUGGUCAUCAUAUUGGCAUUAGUCUUUAAAGUAUGCACAUACAGUAUGCUGUCUCCAUGAAAUUAAUUGUGGUAUAUAUUAAAGAUCCCUGCAUUUCGUGUACCUUAGUCUAUUUUUUUUUUUUUUCAGUCUGAUUGUGGAUAAACUACUGGUGGGGAAAACCAAAAUAAACAAUUAUCUUUUUAUGCA